AUGGACACGUUAAGACUAGAGAGUAAGGGAUGGGAAGAAAAUGUGCCUUCUACAUCUGCUUCUAGUCCGAAGCUUACAUUUGUGGAAAAAGCCAAACUUAGUGCCAUUUCACAUAUCAGCGGUGUGCAAAAGAUUCGAUCGCCAUUUGGUGGAAAAAUACCGGAAUAUGGUGUGGAAUGUAACAAGGGGAUUACCGAACACAUAAAAAUGUUAGACGAGUGGGGACCAGAUAUUUUCGAAAUAAAUAAAUUAAGUCGCGGACAUUCAUUAACAGCUGUUACAUACACCAUUCUGAAGAAUCGUGGCCUUCUAAAAGUUUUCAACAUUCAUUCUGGUCCAUUGAUAAAUUAUUUGCUUGUUUUGGAACAUCAUUACAGAGAUAAUCCAUAUCAUAAUCAAAUUCAUGCAGCCGAUGUAACACAAUCAAUGAACGUUUUGAUUUCGUCGCCAGCACUAAAGGGUGUAUUUAGCGACUUGGAAGUACUGUCGGCAAUAUUCGCUAGCGCAAUCCAUGAUGUUGACCAUCCUGGAUUCACUAAUCAGUAUCUGAUUAAUUCAAGAUUAAAAGUUUGCAUGAGAUGUAAUACUCCACAACUUGGCUACUACAUGCCCAACUUUGCUGGAUUUAUGGACCUGUCUAACUCUAUGUUAUACAUCGAAGGAGAUAAACAAAUUGAAAAAAAUUCGGAGUUGGCGAUCAUGUAUAACGACGAAUCCGUGCUGGAACAACAUCACUUGGCUGUGGCAUUUAAGUUGCUGCAGGACGGAAGUUGUGACUUUUUAACAAAUUUGUCCAAAAAACAACGGAAAUUACUGCGUAAAAUGACUAUCGAUAUGGUGAGUGUUUAUUAA